AACAAUUUGAAGUCACAUUUUGACCGUACACUGAUACAGCAUUCCCUAUGCCGCCUAUUCGCCCUCACAAUAAGACACGAAGUGGAUGCAAAACGUGCAAGAAACGAAAAGUCAAGUGCGAUGAGGAACUUCCCAUGUGCAAAAACUGCACCAGAAGAGGGGCAGAAUGUGUCUGGAUCAAUGCCCCUCAACUCGAACAUAAUUCUGCGCUGCCAGGGACAUCUGCCCAGGCUGGAUCAAGUUCACAUGAGAGCCCCCCUUCCACAAUAUCGAGGUGUAUUGGCGAAAGUUCAUUUGACAUGUUGAAUCUCGAACUAUUGCACCACUAUUCUACCGCUACUUCGUAUUCACUUUCUUCUGAUCCUGCCACGGCAAAUGUAUGGAGGAUUGUCGUUCCCAAAAUCGCGUUCGACCCUAGAAAUAAAUGUCUCCUCCACGCUAUCCUCGCGGUAUCAGCGCUCCAUGCUCGCUACGCUGACCCCACUGCAACUCACUAUGCUAUAGCCGCGAGCACCCACCACUGGCAGGCGAAAACGGGGGUGCAAAAGGCAGAAAUGGAUGGCAAAGUGGAUAUCAAUGCCGUCUUUAUCACCGAGGCUCUCGUAGCACUCUACGAGUUUGCUACGUCGACCACGGUUUCCUCAUACUCGAGCGGCUGGCAAAUCACGUUCCGUGCUAUCCCCCCCAAGGUUGCGAGAAACUGGACACAGCUCCAGAAUGGCGUUCUACGUCCGAUGUUCAUCACCUUGGCACCAACAAUCAUACUUACAUCCCCGGAAGGACCAUUUCUAUCAUCCUUGUCCACGCUUUUGAGCACGGAAAACUCGCCACCAGACGUUGAGGAGCUGCACGACGUAUCGGUGUAUAAGUCAUAUAAAGACUCGAUACACUUUCUAGAGAUAUCAUGGAAAGCGUCAUUUGAGAAAGACUACUGCAUGCAUGCAUCAUGUAUGUGGUGGUCAAAGGUAUCCAAUACGUUUAUUCGCCUAUUGAUAGAGCAGAGACCGCGUGCACUAAUCAUCCUGGCGCAUUACUGUGUUAUGAUGAAACGGGUGGCAGAGGAUGGUCCGUGGUGGGUGAGAAAGCAGUGGGGUAAUGAAGCAACAAGGAUUAUGUCUGUGCUUGACGCUCGAUGGACACCGUGGAUAGGAUGGCUUUCGAAUGAAUUGGAUCCGCCAUGUGAGAAUCAGGCAUUUGACUUCACGGGGACGGAUUUCAUAAAUUGGUUGAAUGAGGCAGGGACAUCAGGGCAGGAUGGCAUUAUACGAUGCCUAGAAUAAUAUCUUGGUGUCGCCGAUAAACACAAGUUUUCUAUGAAUAGCAGCGCGUAAUGUCCAAGUCUAGUAAUUGUUGUGCUCCUUCUCCAUACUUGUAGAUUACCGUCCACUUCCUAGGCCAGAAUAGGGAUGCAUUGAAACUGUAUUCGCAUGCUCUUCGUCACGCGCAUGCAUACUCAGUUCUUCGUGUUCCCCCAUCGUAUACUGCUCGUCGCCUCGUAUGUAUGCACUCGGAUGGAAGUAAACGAACGCAGCAAGUACUUCAGCCAUAAGAAGUCCAUCGGUAAGGUAAAUCCA